AUGUCCGUCGCAAAGGUCGAAGAAAAAACGCGCCGUGCCAGCCCCAGCCCACAACCGAGUGCACCCUUUGAUUUGGCAAAAUAUCAGCGCCUCAAUCGCAGUAUUUGGUACUAUGUCCCCGAAAAACAGCCAAGCACACCAACAGGCGCGCCCAGUGUGAUUCUUCUCGCUGGAUGGAUGGCAGCAACACCGCGACACAUUUCGAAGUAUUCAGCAGGAUAUAGUGCUCUCUACCCACACGCACGCAUCAUUGCUAUCACGACAACACCAUGGGACAUGUUCCCUAUAGAUUGUAUUUCUGGGGGAGUUGGUCGUGUACAGCCGAUAUUAGAUAUUCUUUACGGGCUGCAACCCUAUGAAAAAGUCCUCAUGCACACUAUGUCGAACGGUGGUAUUAUGACGAGCGUUUACAUUGCACGGCUUUUCAAAGAGUUUACCGGUCGCUUGCUGCCGAUUAGCGCCAUUGUGCUUGACAGUGCUCCAGGCAAGGCAACAUGGAGUGCAAGUGUUAAGGCUUUCGGAGUCGUCAUCCCAAAUAAUUUUAUUUUAAUCUUUCUCGGUUACGCUCUAAUCUAUUUCCUAUUCGGAAUUUACUGUGGCAUAUACAAACUGUUCAACAUGUUAGACGGUGUGGCUGAAGGACGCAUAGAAUUUAACAACCCCGAACUAUUCGACGUACAAACUCCUCGACUUUACAUAUACAGCGAGAGCGACCCCAUUGUCGACUGGAAUGAUGUUGAAGAGCAUGCGCACGAAGCUGAAGAGACGGGUUAUCAAGUCAUGUACGAAAAAUUUACAGAAAGUGGCCACGCCGGGCAUCUCAUGGUUGACGCGAACAGGUAUUGGGGCACCGUUCGUCGCAUGUGGGAAAAAAUCAAUUCAUGA